AUGGCAGCUAAACUCGGACACUGCCUUGCAUUCCAAAUGUUAUUAGAUAAUGGUCACAAUAUUUCAAUUUGUGACGGUGACGGCAACACGGUAUUGCACUAUGUCGCAAUGGCACAAAGUAAGGAAAUGGCCAAAUUUUUAUUAAAUAAAAAGGAGGUUUCUAUCACGGCCCGGGAUGAUAAUGGGCGUUCACCAUUGAUGGUUGCGGUACUUCGAGGAAAUGAUGAAAUUGCACGUAUCUUGAUUGAUCAUGGAGCAGACAUCUUUGACCAAGACUUCUAUGGAACAACAGUAACCGGUCUCGCUGCUAGCAACGGACAUUGCGCGUUAAUGCAACUACUGAUUGAACGUGGCGUCGACCCGACUGAGGGAUCUGAUUCAUGCUGGUCCCCGUUCGAAUCGGCAAUUUUGACUGGCCAUGAAAAGGUUGUCGAGUUACUGAUUCAACGUAUCAACUUCGCCGAUCUUCCACUUCGGCCCGAUUCCCUCUUGAUUGAUGCCAUAGAAUUUGGUUACCGCGGGAUUGCAAGAAUAUUAAUCGAAAAAGGUUAUGACCUGUCGUCCCAAAACAGGGAGGGUAGCACAGCACUUCAUUGGGCUGUAUUUAGUGGUUGGGAAGACAUUGUGAGGUUGAUGUUGGAGAGAGGUGCUGACAUAUCAGUAAGGAGUACCAGUACACGUCUUUUAUUCAGUAAUAUCACAAAAAGAGACAAUCAUAUCAUGUUCGGGAAAACAGCACUAGAAAUAGCAAUUUCCGAGGGGCAUGAGCCAAUAGCGGCAAUAUUGGAAGCAAAGAUGAAGGAUUUGACGGGGGAUGGACCCAUACAGCAAGAAGAAGACAUUGUUCCUAUACUCGAUUCUCAAUACAUAGAUGAAUACAUACUAUCAAUAAAAUAUAUGCUCAAAGCUAUAUAG